GGAGUACAGAUAAAUAGUCCUGUCAAAAGGCGCAGCUCGCGGGUGUGCGCGCCGAAUCUGGGCCAGGGCGCCGACCUCUGGGCGCGCUCUCCCGGGUCUGCGGCGGGGCGCACUAGCUCUCACCACCCGCCUGCUCUGGUGGCUCCUCGGCUUCGCGGUUCCUGGCCCAGGGCUCCCGUCCUCCUCGAGCUUUCCCUGGCCCCCGCCUCCGCGAGGGAGUGGAAGGCGGAGACCGAGAGACUGGCCAAGGAGAGGAAGGCGGGCGCGCGUGGGCGCGGGGGACGACGCGAUGUCCACCGGCUCGGUGAGCGACCCCGAGGAGAUGGAGCUGCAGGGUCUGCAGAGAGGGUAUCCGGUCCCCGCCUCCAAGAGGCAGCCCCACCACGGCGCCGAGUGCAGCUACGCCUCGCCCAGUGACAACUCGUCGGCCGAGGAGGAGGACCCCGAUGGCGAGGAGGAGCGGUGCGCGCUGGGCGCGGUAGGCUGUAAGAGGAAGCGGCCUCGUGUGGCUGGGGGUGGCGGCGCAGGCGGCGGCGGGAGCGGCGGCGGCUGCAAGAAGCCCCUCCCGCCCAAGGGCUCGGCGGCGGAGUGCAAACAGUCGCAGCGGAACGCGGCCAACGCCCGCGAGCGAGCCCGGAUGCGUGUGCUGAGCAAAGCCUUCUCCAGGCUCAAGACCAGCCUGCCCUGGGUGCCCCCCGACACCAAACUCUCCAAGCUGGACACGCUCCGGCUAGCUUCCAGUUACAUUGCGCACCUGCGGCAGCUCCUGCAGGAGGACCGCUACGAGAACGGCUACGUGCACCCAGUGAACCUGACAUGGCCUUUCGUGGUCUCCGGACGACCCGACUCUGAGACCAAAGAAGUUUCUGCAGCCAACAGACUAUGUGGAACCACCGCCUAGAUCGGAUUCGAACUCACUUGACGGGAUUUAUUGGGCGCGUGUGUUUGGGGGCCACGGAGAGAAGGGAGAGGCGCGAGGUGCCCAGAGGAUGGGCAGAAGGUUCCAUUGGAUUAUCGGGGUUAUUUUGGGUUAUUCGUGAACCUCCCGUUCCCUGGAACCGUGAACAGAGAGGUGGCAGGAGCAGGCAUUCGGUGUGUGGGGAUGUGGGGGGCAAGCCCGAAGGUCGGCGGCACGGAUGUCCUUGUAGGGCGCGGAGGGCCGCCGCUGCCGCGGAUCUGGGCGAGGACGCUUUACCUCUCCGGAAACGGCCUCCUCCUGUCUCGAGAGCACGGUCCCAGAUCCGACCUCGGGCUUCAGCUGUAUAGACUAACCCUUGUACUGUCGUCUUAGCCCAGCGCCAAACCGCUUAGCGAUUAAUUUGCUGAGCCAGAUAUGUAAUAUAUGUGAUGGUACAAUUCUGCCCAGAUCAGGCCUUUAGCGUUUAAAAAAAUGGUCAGAGCACGGUUUCAUUCGGCUUUAAACACAGCAGUCCUGGUCUGUAAUUUCCAUUGGGGUAUGUUUUAAAGUUGCAAAGAGAAGAGAGUGGCCUAUCUGGGCCAAGUGUGUAUCCCAUAGGACAGCGUCCUCAUAACGGACGCGACAAUGCCCGCUCCGCGCUGGGUGAGGUGGAGACACGCUAUCGAAGACCACCAGAGCGGGGUUUUGUUGCGGCUGCGCCCAUGCGGGGCGCGCUCCUGGGUGCUGGACCUCCUCGCCCCGGUCGGGUCCCCUAGUCCUCCCAGGCUCCAGUCUCCACCCCAGACUUGGUUUUCUCAUCCAAGCUUCUGUCUAUCCCGUCCCCGUCUAGGCUCGAGCCACGCACCACCAUCACCAGGCUCGGGUCUCCUCCCCAGGCGCCUCACUCCACCAGCUCCUCACGCUCCCGGCUCCGCCUUUUACCUCCUGCCCCCCUCCCCGCCCUUCCCCCGACGCCGGACUUUCUCAUCAGCGCCUUCUCCUCGGAGGUCCGACCGCCCGCGUCCAGGUGCCAGUCUCCCCGCGCCCACGUUCCUGCUAGUGCCGGGGAAGGAUUUGGGUGGGUCGCUGGGGCGGAUCGGUGCCAAGUGACCUUGCUCCGGGGACACGCGCCCCGCCGCUGCCGCGAUGCUACUACUACAAUAAUUACUAAAUGUAAAUAAAUUUAUUUUUUUAUGACUAA